CCCGCCCCGAGUCCGCGGCACCGCCCGCUCGCGCAGACCCCGAGCGUGGCCGCAGCGAAGAUGGCGACUGCCAUGUACUUGGAGCACUAUCUGGACAGCAUUGAGAACCUUCCCUGUGAACUUCAGAGGAACUUCCAGCUGAUGCGAGAGCUAGACCAGAGAACGGAAGAUAAGAAGGCAGAGAUUGACAUCCUGGCUGCGGAGUAUAUUUCCACAGUGAAGACUCUCUCUUCAGACCAGCGUGUGGAGCACCUGCAGAAGAUCCAGAACGCCUACAGCAAGUGCAAGGAGUACAGUGACGACAAGGUGCAGCUAGCCAUGCAGACCUAUGAGAUGGUGGACAAACACAUCCGAAGGCUUGAUGCUGACCUGGCACGCUUUGAGGCUGACCUGAAGGACAGGAUGGACGGAAGCGACUUUGAAAGCACUGGAUCACGAAGCUUGAAAAAAGGUCGGAGUCAGAAAGAAAAGAGAAGCUCCCGGGGCCGAGGCAGGAGGACGUCAGAAGAGGACACACCUAAGAAAAAGAAGCAUAAAAGCGGGUCUGAGUUUACCGACAGCAUCCUAUCUGUGCACCCCUCUGACGUGCUGGACAUGCCUGUGGAUCCAAAUGAGCCUACGUACUGCCUGUGCCACCAGGUGUCCUACGGGGAGAUGAUCGGCUGUGACAAUCCAGAUUGUCCAAUUGAGUGGUUUCACUUUGCCUGUGUGGAUCUCACCACAAAGCCCAAAGGAAAGUGGUUCUGUCCCCGAUGUGUGCAGGAAAAGAGGAAGAAGAAGUAACGAAGAGGUUGUUGUGCCAGGCUGAAGAGCAAGCUAAUAUAUUUCUUCACUCAUGUUGCAAUAUUAUCUUUCAUUUAAAAACUACCUUAUUUCAACUGAUAUUUAAUAAUUCAGUGGCCAAUUGUAGUUUUGGAUAUUUCCCAAAAUAAGAAGCCACUGCACCAUUUGCACAGAACAAUCUCGCAGGGACUUGCCACAGUGACUUCCCGUGCAGGCUCCCCACUCCUGCGGCCUCCCAGCACUGGGAUGGCAGCACCCCUUGUGCCGAGGGUCCCUUGGGGCUGUAGGCAAAGUGCAUGGUGCAGGCUGGACAUGUUUUUCACCUGGUCUACUGCCACUGCUCUGUCACUAGAGGGUCGGCCUUGCGUGUCCGUGUCAUCCAGGACCGGCUUGUGGCACCAUGGAAGCUGCUGUUCUGUGAGCCAGGUCUUCCCAGACGCUGGCCAAUGCUGUGCUCUUACCCUGGCUGAAGACCAGGGACUCCUGGCCAACAUACCUCUGAUGUGUCUGGAAGGGACUGGGGGCUCUUCCCAGGUAGAAGUGCCCUCUGUUUCGUUGUGCACCGCCUUUCCAUGUGAACUUCCAGCUCGCCCUGGAGAUUCAGCUUCCAUUAGCCUCGAACUGUCAGUUAUCCGACCAGCACUGCCCAACAGCGGACAGAACAGUCAGGCUGAGCUUCCACCUCUCUGGGAAUUCCUAACUUUUUUUUUUACUGUGAAGAUGAAAUUAUUGUAAUAGCAUGAAGGUCUUGGGUCUGUGUGUCUAUGAAGUGAGUCUGUACUGUGAGCUGAUGUUAGAACUUUGCUGUGUUGCAUCCCACUGGACCACCGGCUUAUAUUCAAGGGGCUACAAUUAUGUGACAUGAUUUGUGAAUUUGUGUGCCCAGUAGCGGUUCUGGAAUGAAGGUAGGAAACUAGAGUAUACUCUUCGUCUAACCAGUGUCCACGAAACCAGUGUUGAAUUUGGAAAUAUUUGGGCGGGGGUGGGGGGAUGUAUGCACAGGGCCUGUUGAGAUGCAUCUGUGGUGGUUCCUUAAGUGUGACAGGAUCCUGAGAGUUUCCUAUGACUUAGAAUUCCUCUGGCAUGUUUUUUAGUGUCUCCGGCUCUCUGAAAACCAAAGAGAGCCUGUCCCUGGCCUCACUCGAGAGAAAGACCCGCAAGGCAGAGCUGGGCUAUGCGAUUUCCAAUUUAAGGAGAGACCAGUUGUUUAUCUGACGACAGGCAUAUUGUUUUAAGAUGGCCAUGUCUAAAUCGAUAGAUACAGUUCCCUCCCACUUUAUCCAAGGAAAGGACACAAGGCAAGAGGGAGUUGUAUCUGCCCCACAUUAUGCCAUCAUGGUCCUGUUCUUACUGGUCAGGGUGUCCUGCACAGCCUAUCCCAGUGAGAGGGAGACAGGAAUGGCUUGUGUUUAUGCUACUGAGUUAGUUGGUCCAUGUUGACUCUUCCUGGGCAGCAGGUGCCAGGCAGUUGUCCAAGCUUGUCUCUAGGCUAGGAGGAGCUUUGGAAAUGCAGUUCCUGUGGCCUCUAGGCUUGAGGGGCUGGCUUUCUUCCUGGGGACCCCUUCUCAGGCUCAAAUUAGAUAUUUUCAUUUUUUUUUGUUGUUGGAUUUUUGUUGUUGUUGGUUGGUUGGGGUUUGUUUGUUUGGUUGGUUGGUUGUUUGGUUGGUUGGUUGGUUUGGUUUUUGGUUUUUCGAGACAGGA